AUGUCGGCGAGAAAUGGAAAGGGGUCAGAAGGCAAGAGGCCAGCCUCUGCGGCCACCAACUUGAUUGCUGGAGGAGCAGCAGGCAUGAUGGAAGCCCUCGUGUGCCAUCCGUUAGAUACCAUAAAAGUGCGCAUGCAACUUUCACGGAGAGCUCGCGCCCCUGGCACAAAGCAGCGCGGCUUCAUCAAGACGGGCGCCGAGAUCGUGAGAAAGGAAACAGCAUUAGGGUUGUAUAAGGGGCUUGGCGCUGUAGUUACGGGUAUCGUGCCUAAGAUGGCUAUUCGGUUUACGAGUUUUGAAGCGUACAAGAAACUUCUUGCGAAUAAGGAGACGGGGCGUGUGAGUGGGCAGGCCACAUUUUUGGCUGGUCUAUCAGCAGGUGUCACGGAAGCCGUUGCGGUAGUCACACCUAUGGAAGUCAUCAAAAUCCGUCUGCAAGCUCAACACCACAGCAUGGCUGACCCACUUGACAUUCCAAAAUACCGCAAUGCUGCACACGCUCUCUACACCGUGGUAAAGGAAGAAGGAAUCGGAGCUCUGUACCGAGGUGUUUCCCUAACCGCAUUACGGCAAGGCUCCAACCAAGCUGUAAAUUUCACCGCAUACACCGAAUUCAAAGAAAUCCUGCAAAGAUGGCAACCACAAUACUCAGAUUCACCGCUUCCCUCCUACCAGACAACAUUCAUCGGUCUCAUCUCCGGCGCCAUGGGUCCUCUGAGUAACGCACCCAUUGAUACCAUUAAGACGCGCCUACAGAAGACGCCUGCGCUGGCGGGCGAGACUGCUAUGGGCAGGAUUAUGAAUAUUGCGAAGGAUAUGUUCAAACAAGAAGGUUUCCACGCCUUCUACAAGGGUAUCACGCCUCGCAUCAUGCGUGUAGCACCCGGCCAAGCCGUUACUUUCACUGUGUAUGAAUUUUUGAAGGAAAAACUCGAGACCAGCAACUUGCCCCUCGUCGGCGCCGGGUAUGAAAAAUAA